GACCUCCCACUGGCCCAGCCUUUCAGCGAAGGUUCCAGCCCUCCACCCCCACCUGAGGUUUCCAGGAAGGGCAGCUGUCCAGGGCUGAGCCGAGGGAGACGGUGUUGACAGCCAACGUGCCAGAACUCCAGCAGCUGGACAGCUCUCCCCGGCCGCCCACCAAGUGGCACCAGCCUCAGCCUCUGAACACCCGCCUACACCUUCCGCCGGAGUCUAAAGAUCCCACCACAAGGGACCAUCAAUACCACCAACACAGGGAGACAGAAGACCAGAAAAGGGGAAGGUCACUGCCCAAGGUCACACAGGCACUCAGCACAGCCGCAGAUCCGGAACCCAGGCAUCCUGACUUCCCGUCCAGCAUUCCUCACACUAUAGAGGCAGCUGGUUGCAGCCCGAAUCCUUGGGAGUCUGUGGGAAAGAACGCAACUGGUCUCUGGCUACCUACGAUUGGGAAGUGUCCACAUUUCCCAGAGGUGAAGUUCAAGCCAUAAAACCUGCUUUGCUUGUCUCGAAAGUGUGGUCCAAAGUUGCAGGAUGUCGAUGACAGACUUGCUCGGCGCUGAGGACAUCAAGAAGGCGGUGGGGGUCUUUACCGCUGUCGACUCCUUCGACUACAAAAAGUUCUUCCAAAUGGUCGGCCUGAAGAAGAAGAGCCCGGAUGACAUAAAGAAGGUGUUCCACAUCCUGGAUAAAGACAAGAGCGGCUUCAUCGAGGAGGAUGAGCUGGGAUUCAUCCUAAAGGGCUUCUACCCAGAUGCCAGAGACCUGUCUGUGACAGAAACCAAGAUGCUGAUGGCCGCUGGCGAUAAGAAUGGGGACGGCAAGAUCGAUGUCGAUGAAUUCUUCUCUCUGGUGGCCGAAAGCUAAGAGGCUGUGACUACCCCAGGCCUUCCCCCUCUCUGCCCCAAACACCCAAUCUCAGCCCCUCGAGCUGCCCUCCUGCGUUUCUGUUCAGUGUGUUUAUGUUAUUUUUUACUCCCCCCACCCCCUGCGGCCCUCAAACGACAUCAUUCUUCUGGAAAAUGCUGGAGAAACAAUAAAGGCUGUACCAAUCAGA